AUGGACAAAAUUGAGGAGAUGCAAGGUCGGGAUAAGACGCUCGUGGUGGAGAAGACUCUUACUGCCACGGACAUGAGCCGAGGCCAAAGUAGGCUCUCUAUACCCAACAAGCAGAUAAGGCAAGGUUUCCUGAGCGAAGAAGAGAUCCGAAUCCUAGAUAGGAAGGAGGGCAUUAAGGUUUCCCUCAUUGAGCCGUGCCUCGAAGUUUCUCACGGCUUGCAACUCAAGAGGUGGAAUUACAAGAGCAGAAAUUUUUCUUACGUGUUGACGGAGAGGUGGAAUGGGGUCGCGCAUCCUUAUGCGCAGAAUGAACUCAUGAAGGAUGUUGUCAUUCAGCUUUGGUCCUUCAGGGUGGAUGGCAGCCUUUGGUUUUGUCUCGAGAGAGUUGAAGACCAACAAGGCAAUGGAAAGGAUGGCUGUGAUCUUCCUCCUAUCACGUGA